GUCAUCACGCUCAGCGCCUCGGCCCAAAACGUCACCAGCGAAGGGACCAAAGGCAACUUUUUAAGUUCCUCCUUAGCCAGCGGGGUUGCUGUCAUGGUGGCCGUGCACGUCUCGGGGGGCGUCUCAGGAGGACACCUGAACCCGGCCUUCUCACUCACCCUGUGCCUCCUGGCUCAGUUUCCCUGGUGGAAGCUGCCCGUUUAUUUUCUCAUCCAACUACUGGGGGCCUUCCUGGGGGCUGGCACUGUCUACAUCCUUUAUUACGACGCCAUCCACAGCUACAGCAAUGGGACCCUGAGGGUGACGGGGCCCCGGGAAACGGCCUCCAUCUUUGCCACCUACCCGGCCCCUUACCUGUCGAUACCCAACGGGUUUUUUGACCAG